AUGUCGUGGACUCAGGGUAUCGCGCCCUUGUACCAGGUGCACAAGCCUCCCUUCACCGUCGAGGCUCCCGGGUACGAGCGCGUCGAGGGCGAGACCCUCCCGCGCCGUCACUGGAAGGCCAAGAACGGGCUCAGGACCCAACCGCACCCUGAUAUCCACACCAUGUACGACAUCAUCAAGCGAAGCGCCAACGUAUACGCAGACGAGCCCGCCGUCGGCACUCGUAAGCUCGUGCACCUGCACAAGGAGAAGAAGAAGGUCCCCAAGAACGUCGAUGGAGAGAUCAGGCAGGUCGAGAAGGAGUGGCAGUUUUUCGAGCUGUCUAAAUACUCCUACAUGACCUACGCCGAGUUCCAGACAUACAUCUUGCAGCUUGGCUCGGGAUUGCGAAAGUUGGGCCUGAGCAAAGGCAGCAGACUCCAUCUGUUUGCUACUACAUCCGCGAACUGGAUGGCAAUGUCCCACGCAUGUGGUUCGCAGUCCAUGUCCAUCGUUACCGCAUACGACACUCUCGGCGCAAGCGGUGUCGAGCAUUCGCUCCUCGAGUCCAGUGCCGAUGCCAUGUAUAUCGACCCCCACCUGCUCAAGACUGCAAGCGGGGGUCUCAAGAAGUCCGAAAACCUCAAGUUCGUCAUCUACAAUGACAACUGCAUAUUCACCCAGGGUUCCGAGGUGGAGGACUUCAAGAAGGCCAAUCCUGAUAUCAAGAUUCUGAGUAUCGAGGAGGUCCGCCAGCUGGGCGAAGACAACCCCGUGGAGCUCGUAGAGGCCCAGCCCAAUGAUCUCUUUUGCAUCAUGUACACGUCUGGCUCGACCGGUACGCCGAAAGGUGUCCCAAUGACCCAUGAGGGCAUGGUUGCAGCGAUUACUGGUCUAUACACCUGUGUCGAAGAGUCCGUCAGCAGCAACGAGUUCGUCUUGGCUUACUUGCCCCUGGCCCAUAUCUUCGAGCUCGUCCUCGAGAACCUCGUCCUGUUCGCCGGUGCCACCCUCGGCUACGGCAACCCGCGCACCCUGUCCGACACGUCAAUGAAGAACUCUGCUGGUGACAUGCGUGAGUUCCGCCCAACGGCUCUCGUUGGUGUGCCCCAGGUCUGGGAGACUGUCAAGAAGGGUGUCAUUGCGAAGGUUAACAGCUCGGGCAUGCUCAUCAAGUCCCUGUUUUGGGGCGCCUUCAACUACAAGAGCUUCAUGGUCAAGUAUGGUUUGCCGUUUGCGACAAUCUUUGACAACAUUGUCUUCAAGAAAGUGCGCGACCUCACGGGCGGACGUCUUCGCUUCACUAUGAACGGUGCGAGCGGCAUCUCGGACGGGACCAAGCACUUCCUUUCCAUGGUCGUCGCGCCCAUGCUUACGGGUUACGGUCUGACGGAAACGGCCGCCAACGGCGCUCUCGGCGACCCGCUCGAGUACACAUCCACUGCUAUCGGUCCCGUCCCUGCCGCUGUCGACGUCAAGCUUGUGUCCAUUCCGGAUCUUGGCUACUUCACCGACUCGAACCCGCCCCAGGGCGAGAUCUUGGUUAAGGGCCCCGCUGUGCUGAAGGAAUACUACAAGAACCCCGAAGAGACCAAGAAGGCGAUUACCGAGGAUGGCUGGUUCAAGACGGGCGAUAUCGGCGAGUUCGACGCCGUCGGCCACUUGAAGGUCAUCGACCGUGUCAAGAACCUCGUCAAGAUGCAGGGUGGAGAGUAUAUCGCCCUCGAGAAGCUCGAAUCCGUCUACCGCGGCAGCCACUUCGUCCAGAACAUCAUGGUCUACGGCGACGGCGAGCACUCCCGCGCCAUUGCCGUCAUCGCUCCCAACGAAAAGGUCCUGGCCGAGGAGGCGCAGAAGCUGGGCGUGGAUGAGCAUGACAUGCACACCAACCAGAAGGUCGUCGACGCCGUGCUUAAGGAUCUCGUCGGCGCCGGCCGAAAGGCUGGUUUGAGCGGACUGGAGAUUGUUGGCGGUGUUGUCCUGGUCGAGGAGGAGUGGACUCCCGAUAGCGGUCUCGUCACCGCCACUCAGAAGCUCAACAGGAGAGUCAUCAAGGACAAGUACAAGAAGCGUAUGGAGGAUGCUUUCCCCAAGAACUAA